UCAAAUCCUUCACACAUCUACCAUCAAACAACAGCCCUAUAUAUAUUCCGUCGUUGUGGGAUACAAAUCAAAGCCCUCGUCUUUCACCUGUGCGUGCCGUAACACCGUGCUGCUCUUCCGCCGGCUCCCUCUCGUUCUGUAAGGCGGGGAUUACGGAAGCGGCGUCAUGUCGCGGUUCGUCGACAAGAUAUCCGUCCUCGAGCGGCUCUCUUCCCCGAUGGCGGAGGCCGAGGGCAUCGCUCGCGGCGGCCUGCUUGUCCACCACCACCACCACCCCCGCGGCCCCUCCGUCACACUCGGCCAGCUCUUCAAGCGCGUCGGCGAGGCCCAUAGUGGCGGCGGCGUGGGGGACGAGGACGCGUCCCAGCCCCACCACGUCGUCGCUAUGGGCGAAUUUGACGGCGCCGGAGGUGGCGGGUUGGCCUCCCGCCCUCUCCCUAUCGUCCUCACCUUCACCAAUCUCUCGUACAGCGUCAAGAGGGCCCGCGACAUGUUCCUUUUCCGCAAGAGCCGCCUCGCCAUGGACCCCGCCGCAGGCCUCGCGACGCCGGAUUCGUUCUCCGGGAGUAAGACGCUUCUGGACUCCAUCUCCGGCGAGGCCAGAGAAGGGGAGAUCUUCGCGGUGCUGGGGGCCAGCGGCUCCGGAAAGUCCACCCUCAUCGACGCGCUCGCUAACCGCAUCGCGAGGGAGAGCCUGCAGGGCUCUAUUACCCUCAACGACGAGAAGCUCGACGACCAGCUGCUGAAGGUCAUCUCCGCGUACGUGAUGCAGGACGACCUCCUGUUUCCCAUGCUUACCGUGGAAGAGACCUUGAUGUUCUCCGCUGAGUUCCGGCUGCCGCGAUCUCUCUCCGCCUCGAAGAAGAAGAGCCGGGUGCAAGCGCUCAUCGACCAGCUGGGCCUUCGGACCUCCGCCAAAACCAUCAUCGGCGACGAGAUCCACCGCGGCGUCUCCGGAGGCGAGCGCCGCCGGGUUUCUAUUGGCAUCGACAUCAUCCAUGACCCCAUCAUACUCUUCCUCGACGAGCCCACGUCCGGCCUCGACUCGACAAGCGCGUUCAUGGUGACCAAGGUGCUGCAGAGGAUCGCUCACAGUGGGAGCAUCGUGAUCAUGUCGGUCCACCAGCCGAGCUACCGGAUUCUCUGUCUCCUCGAUCGCCUCCUUUUCCUCUCCAGAGGCCAGACCGUGUACAGUGGGCCGCCCGACGGUCUACGCGGGUUCUUCUCUGACUUCGGCCAUCCCAUCCCAGCCAACGAGAACCCAACAGAAUUCGCGCUCGACCUUAUCCGCGAGCUCGAGGGCACUCCGACCGGUGCAAGGUCCCUCGUCGACUUCAACAAGACACAUCAGAGCGUACGACUCGCCGUGGCCGCCGCGGACAAGCCAUCUCUUUCUCUAAAUGAUGCCAUCAGCGCCAGCAUCUCCCGCGGGAAGCUUGUUUCCGGCGCGACCGAGGGAGCGACCUCGGCGCCGUCGGUCCAGAAUUACGCCAAUCCAUUCUGGAUCGAGGUGGGUGUGCUGACAAAGCGGUCGUUUACCAACUCCAAGCGGAUGCCAGAGCUGUUCGGCGUCCGCCUCGGCGCGGUGCUCGUCACGGGAUUCAUCCUGGCGACCAUCUUCUGGCGGCUCGACAACUCGCCCAGGGGCGUGCAAGAACGACUCGGCUUCUUCGCCAUAGCCAUGUCCACCAUGUUCUACACCUGCGCCGAUGCGCUGCCGAUCUUCCUCCAGGAGCGCAACAUCUUCAUGAGGGAGACGGCACACAACGCCUACCGCCGCUCGUCCUACGUCCUCUCCCACACCAUCGUCGGCUUCCCGCCGCUGGUCCUCCUGUCCAUCGCCUUCGCCUCGACCACCUUCUUCGCCGUCGGCCUCGCGGGGAGCAUGCAGGGGUUCUUCUUCUUCGUGCUGAUCGUCCUGGCCUCCUUCUGGGCCGGCAGCGGUUUUGUGACCUUCCUCUCCGGGGUCGUGACGCAUAUCAUGUUAGGCUGCGCCGUCGUCCUCUCCGUUCUGGCCUACUUCCUACUCUUCAGCGGCUUCUUCAUCGACCGGACCCGGAUCCCCGACUACUGGAUCUGGUUCCACUACCUCUCACUCGUCAAGUACCCCUACGAAGCGGUGAUGCAGAACGAGUUCGACGAUCCGCGCAAGUGCUUCGUCCGAGGGGUGCAGAUGUUCGACAACACGCCCUUCGGGGGGUUGCCGGAGGCGAUCAAGUUGAACGUUCUCAAGUCCAUAAGCAGUUCUUUAGGGGUGAACAUAACCAGCCAGACCUGCAUCACCACCGGCACCAACAUCCUGGAGCAGCAGAGCGUGACGCAGCUCAGCAAGUGGGACUGCCUGUGGAUCGCUGUGGCGUGGGGCUUCUUCUUUAGGUUCCUCUUCUACAUCAGCCUCCUGUUGGGAAGCAGGAACAAGAGGAGGUAAGAGAGAGUGAGAGAUCCCUUUUGGAAGUUGCUUCCAUAAGCUUGAAGAAGAAGAACUAAUCAGCAGACAUCCACAGCUCCUCUUCCAACCUUUCGUCGGUUGUAAUCUCCAUAGAGCUUCUUCAUGUAGUGUGAUUCUUACUACAGCCCUCCACAGAUGCUUCCUGGAGCAUCAAAAAACAGCAACUUCAACUACGAUCGAUUGAGGUAGUAAAUAAAUUAUUAUACCAA